GCGUGUUUUUCUUUCCUCUUCUCCUAUCUCUUUUCUUUGGUUACUCUAACGACGAAAUCAGGCGAUUUGAAUCGAUUUGAUAAGAAACUAUGGUGUAUCGAUCAUGAAAUUGGGAGACAGUCUCUUUGCUCCAAUCUCUUUCUCAUGUUGCUAAGGUUUGAUGAUGAGGAUGUGGAAGAGAGCUAUGUA